AUGCACAAUACCCGUCCAUUCACAACAUCUGUCCAUUCAAAACAUCUGUCCAUUCACAACAUCUGUCCAUACAGAACAUCCGUCAUUCACAACAGUCGUCAUUCACAACAGCCGUCAUUCACAACAGCCGUCAUUCACAACAGCCGUCAUUCACAACAUCCGUCAUUCACAACAGCCGUCAUUCACAACAUCCGUCAUUCACAACAUCCGUCAUUCACAACAGCCGUCAUUCACAACAGCCGUCAUUCACAACAUCCAUCAUUCACAACAGACGUCAUUCACAACACUCGUCAUUCACUACAGCCGUCAUUCACAACAUCCGUCAUUCACAACAUCCAUCAUUCACAACAGACGUCAUUCACAACACUCGUCAUUCACUACAGCCGUCAUUCACAACAUCCGUGA